UUAUCUGGAUAUCAAAAUUAUUCGGGUUCGACCGGAUGGGCCCGGAUACGGAUCGAAUCACUAGGCCGGAAUUAACGGAAUUAUUUUUUAAAAAAAGGAAUGAUCCACAUAUUAUUUUUGGCUCAUUUGUUGUCUUUUUAUGGAAUAAUAAAUAAAUUGUACAACUCCGAAAAUUGAUAAAUUUAAAUGAAAGCAAACUCUUUUGACUUUUUCCCCCUUUACAAACAUGGCAUGCUCAAAAAUAUUUUCAGGAGAUUUAGCUGAAUUAACAGAAGAAAUUAUACAGUAUUUUAGAAAAGAUUUUUUAACAUUGUAUUCAUGUAUUUUAGUUAAUAGAUUAUGGUGUCGUUUAGCCAUUCCAUUAUUAUGGGAAGAUCCAUUUUCAAAGAAUUAUCCCAAAAAUUACCACUUCAUUGAAAUUUACUUAAAUAAAUUAAAUGAAGAUGACAAAGCAAAAUUUAAUGAAUAUGGAAUUGAAUAUGAUUUAUUACAUUCAAACACAUUAUUCAAUUAUCUUAAUUUUAUUAAAUACUUAGAUACAUAUAGAACUUAUCGUUCUAUUAAUUAUUGGAUUGAUUCCUUAGUGGUUAAAUAUGAUAAUAAGCUAAGGUAUAAGCUAGAAAACUUAGUUUAUAGGUCUUUAUUUGAAGUGUUCAUUAAAAAUGAGGUGAAUAUACAUUCUUUUGGAAUUAAUCAUUAUACUUUUGGAUUUUCUGAUGAUAAUAUGGACUUGGUUUUACAAAAUCCAAAUCUUACAUACAAUAUGAGAAAUUUAAUAUUAAUUGUUAAUGCUAUUUCAUCUCGAAAUAUUUUUCCAUUUUUAAAAUUUUUAUGUUCCAAUUGCAAUUCAAUCUCAUCUAUUGUUGUUAAUUUUCCUGCUUGUAGUAGUUCAUUAAUUGAAACACAUUUAUCACAAAUAAUUAUUUCACAGCAUAAUCUCAAAAAAAUUUCAUUUGAAUCUAAUUUUAUUUUAUAUAAUCCAUUUUUAUCAUUAAAAAAUUCUAAUUGUUCAAAUACUUUAAAUACGAUUAUAUUUUAUUACACUGAUUUUAAAAAUAUACUUACUGUUUUACAAGAGGUCUUUAAUCAAUUGAAUGUUUUAGAAUCUGUUCAUAUUUUUUAUUGUUGUUCUUUAAAUUCUGAUUUUGUUCAACAAAUUAUUAAGGUUAUUAAACCGUUUAAAUUGAGAUCUUUGUUUAUGAGUGAAAUAUUACAUGUUGAAUCAUUACAAUUACUGUUACAAAAAUUUAGUGAUUGUUUAGAAAAUUUUGGAUUUCAUUACGGAUAUAGAGAGCAUAAUGAAUAUGAUGAAAAACAACGACAGUCAUUUAAAUUAAUUAUGAAAUAUUGUACAAAGAUUAGAUAUUUUAAUCUGGGUAUAUCUGAUGAUAAUAAUAUUUAUCCAUUCAUUGAAAAUAAUCGAUAUAAUAUUAAUUACCUUACUAUUGAAGUAGAUUUUCACGAUGAUUAUACUGGUUUAAGUUCAACUGUAUUACAAAAUUUAGGACAGGUUCUUCCUUCUAAAUUAAAAUAUUUAUGUUUAUCACUUGCUUUUAAGACAAAUGAUCUGGAAAUAUUUUUAAAAAAUUCACAAAAUACUUAUAUUUAG